GCUACGCGACCCCCCUCCCCCCCUUCCAUCAUUUUCCCAUCUCUUACUCACUCUCUUCCCUACAACAAACAUGGCCGCGAAAUCUGAUGGUGCACCCGUCUCUCUACGAAACGAAAUCCCACCCGAGUGCCCUCCCAGGUCGGACCCGCGGCCUCCCGAGCGCCGUCCCGCCGAACAGCGCUACUCCCUCCCGGACUGCUGCUGGACGCUGUGCGCCCUUUUGGUCUUCUUCUCGGACGGGGCCUCAGACCUGUGGCUGGCCGCGGACUACUACCUAAGGAGGGACUACUGGUGCUUUGCACUGACUCUUGUCUUUGUGAUAGUCCCGUCCGUGGUCGUGCAAGUGUUGAGCUUCCGAUGGUUCGCCUACGAUUUCUCGGAAACCGUCGAGAGCGGCACGGCUGCGGCCGCUGUGGUCGCUGCGUCGGGAGCGGAAGAGAGCGACUUCAGCACCAAGGACAGCGGCGAGCGGGGCGCUGGCCGCACCGCCGCUGCCGGGGUGCUGCCCAGGCCGGGCACCGGGGGAGGAGCCCGGGGCUGCUGCAGAGUCUUCAUGUGGUUCUUUCAGGCCAUUAUUCACAUCUUUCAGCUGGCACAGGUCUGGAGAUAUGUUCAUGCCCUGUACUUGGGCGUGCAGAGCCGUUGGCAUGCAGACCCAGAGCGCCGUCACUACUACUGGCGCAUGAUGUUCGAGAGUGCUGAUAUCAGCAUGCUUCGUCUGCUUGAGUCGUUCCUGAAGAGCGCCCCACAGCUGGUGCUGCAGCUCAGCAUCAUGAUCCACGCCAGUCAGGUGCUGCCCCUUCAGGGCCUCUCAGCUUCUGCCUCACUGAUAUCCCUUGCCUGGAUGAUCGCCUCCUAUCAGAAAGUCCUUAGGGACUCCCGUGAUGAUAAGCUACCUAUGACCUACAAGUCUGUCAUAGUUCAAAUUCUGUGGCACCUCUUCACCAUCGGGGCCCGUACUCUGGCCUUUGCCCUGUUUGCCUCCGUGUUUCAGCUUUACUUCGGCAUCUUCAUAGUGGCGCACUGGUGCAUCAUGACAUUCUGGAUAAUUCAAGGUGAAACAGACUUCUGCAUGUCCAAGUGGGAGGAGAUCAUCUAUAACAUGAUGGUGGGCAUUGUGUAUAUUUUCUGUUGGUUCAGUGUGAGGGAGGGGCGCACCCGCUGUAGGAUGCUCAUCUACAGCCUGACUGUGUUCAUUGAGAACGUGGCACUCACAACUGCCUGGUACCUGUACCGCGGUCAGCGGAUGUCAGACUUUUACGCUGUCAUCAUGGUCUGUGUGGUGGCCAGCACCUAUGCUCUAGGCACCUUCUUCAUGUUUGUGUAUUAUUGUUUGUUGCACCCUGAUGGUCCAGUCUCAGGGUGGAGCUACAUUGUGGAGAAGGAGGUGCCUGUAGAGUCUCUGGCCUCCCCAGCCUCCAGUCACCCCCCUGACCUGGUGAGCAGCCCCCCCAGGACCCUUCAGAGAACUAAAGGGUCAGAAAGAGAGCAGGGGCCUGGGGUGGACGGAGAUGUAUUUCAGGUAAGACCACCUCGAGGAGCUCAGGCCCCAGCGCCUCAGCUCUCACCCAGGACAGAGGGGCCUGUCAUCCGAAUAGACCUGCCCAGGAAGAAAUACCCAGCCUGGGACGCUCACUUCAUUGACCGCCGACUGCGUAAAACCAUUCUGGUGCUCGAAAGCGCUGCACCAGUCACACCAAGAAUUCAGUACCGCUGUCUUGGCACACCCAAAGAAGUGAUGGAGUACGAGACCACCGUGUGAUGCACUGAAGGUGCUGUGACUCAGCUCGCUGCCAUGCAGACAUCCUGCCUUUAAAUGGCGGGAGGAUGACUCUCCUGGAGACGUCUGUUUCAGCUCCACGCCAACUUGACAGCUCUCUGGAGAAAAAGAAGUGAAGAAAGGGAUGGAGUGAGGUGUCUUUAUUUCCUACAAAGGCAAAAUCAUGUGACGUUGGUGCAUAUUUAGGUUUCUGUAUAAUUUCUCAGGUCAGGGUGCGGUACAAGAGAUGGCUGUAGUUAAAGAGGCAACAGUAAAACCUGCUGCCGCCUGUGGAGCACAGACAGAGGCAGAGGCUGAGAAGUGGAGCUGUUCGACUAUCAAUCAGAAGCAGAAAGCCCUCCUCAGUGAUGGUGCUUCACCACAUCUUCUCAAGGUGUUCAACAACAGAGACACGCCUUCAACAUGUAUGACUAUUUAUGGCAGCUAGAAUGAAACAUUACUGAGAAAAGACAGGAAACGCACACUGUAAUGUUAAACACAACCUGCAAAUUCUAGAACACAGAUACUGAUCUUUUCCAUCAUUUUCCAUAGCUAUUCACUCAUGUUGAAGGGGUCUCUGAUAAUGCUGCUUCACAUUUGGAAGGGCAGUUCAAAAGCAACAUUUUAGUUGAAUGUAAAAACAGUUGAAAAUGUGAUUAUUUGUGACAAGGCUUUGAGCAUUUUCCUGUGGUACAAUAUUUGUUUUUUUGAGGUAAGCUAGAAAAAUGAUUUGUGUGUGUUUACAAGCAAUCCAUUGUUUUUGGGCCAUGCCAUCACUAUUAUUCCAACAGGAUGCACCUUCCUCCAGAAUGUGUAUGUACUGAACAAUAGCUACAUUAUGAUUUUCAUUUGCAGGAUGCAUUCUCUCAGCAGUUGUAUUUUCAUACUGCAACACUCAACAAAGGCAAUGGGACACAUUCAUUUCCAUGUAAAUUAAACUGUACAAUGACUAGGGAGAUUACACAGGGACAGCACUGUCUGUAAUUGUACUGUAUCUGUACUUUGUUGUCUGAAAAAUGUAAAAAGAAAAAUAUUAGCUUCAGACUUCUAACAGAAUAGUUUUGGUAUUAUUGAUGGUACAGGCAUGUGGUACUUUCUUUUAUCAGGGUUAUUUUCAAUAGAAUAGCCACAAAGGGAACAUAAUUGAACAAUGUGUGUCUGUGUGUAUGUGUGUGAGCUCACAUACCAGCAUGUGUAUGGGUGUAUGUGAGGAACAGUCCUGCCAUGUGCAUUUUAAUUCAUUUGAAACCGUGUCACUGAGAUACGACAGUUUUGUUAUAAACACUGUCUCUGGCUCUCAGAAGACACCAAAAUAAAUAAAUGGUCCGCAGAGCACCACCGCCAUAUCUGUUGCAGUAAAAAAUAGGAAAGAAAGGAAAAGAAAAAAAAAAAAGCCAGAGAGGUUUCAAUUACGGUGCUAACUGUUUGAGUUCCAUGACGCAGUGACAACCAUAAGAUCAGCUUGUUGGGUAAGAGUUGGAUGGGGGCUGUACCUCAAACACAAAGCUAGAAUCAAAAGCCUUAAACUGGUCAUACCAGACUGUUGCUGUUCAGAGCAAGAAAAAAAAAUGAACAUGAAGGUGAAGACAAUUUCAUUAUGUUAUUGCUAAAAUAAAGAGCAAUGUGUUUACCUGA